CCGAGGCUACGACCGGUCAUCAAAUGCACACUCAGCUCAAUUGGUGAGAAAUCUGUGGUUGGGGGCAGCUAUCUCCAGGCUGCCACUUGAUCAGUCAAGUAGGGGACCUGCCGGACACAAUUAUUUUUAGAAAAUUACGUGUCGGUCAGACAUAUGCUGUGGUAGGACUCCAGCAGGGAGUUGUAGUGCGGAUAGUGUUUGCCUAACUGAUGAGCGGGUCAGACACCGAUGACGGUGGAGUUGACGAUGUGAGACUAACACGUUCGAGAUCACUUAGGGUCCCGCACGUGUUCCAGACCUUACAACCGGAAGACGAAAGACAGCUUCGUGCCGAACGCAGAGCCCGCGCUCUCGCAGCAGCCAGGGAAACAGAACUAGUUGCAAGUCAGGCGUUGGCAGCAGCAAACGCAGCAGCAGCCAUAGCAGCAGCAAUGGCUAAUGGCGCAGCCUCUGCUGCGUCCUCGUCUGGGACCCAGUUGGGAAUGCCCUCAGGGCCCGCGGGUACAUCUGGAUCAGUAGGUGCUGGUCAGUCCACAAGUCAAAUGGCGGGCUCGCAAUUUAGCCCGUUGACCCCACGCGGCAGGGAGCUCCUAGAGCUCCAACAAGUCGAAAGGAUCCGCGAGCGGUUAGAGAGGGAACUGAAGCAAGCUACCGAUAGAGAAAAGGAAGUCAAAAAUAGAACAGCCAGGCGUGAUACGUUAGAGGCAGACAAAACUGCACUAGAGGGUUUGGAUGAGUCAGCCAUGUCUGUCCAAAUGAAAGUAUUGAAGAACAGUGUACUGUCCCUGCAUGCGCAUGUGGACAGCAGACUAGACUUCAUGCAGAACUCUUUGGACCAGAUCUUGGACCUUUUGCAAAGGCCAGGAUUUCGGCCAGCAGCACAGUCGCUGUUGCCGUUAACGACGAUGUCAGGCGCCUUUCCAGUACAAGCUGGCACACAACCAAGUGGUACGUCUGCAGCAACCACACAGACUGUUGCUUCUUCUUCUUCUGGGUCAGCGGUGAUAGCUACACCUUCACCGCAACAACCUGUUCCUCAACAGGGACAGCAGCAAGGUCAAUGGUACCCAAAGACCCCUAUGAAACCACCCCUUGCCUUCUCCGGAGAGAAGAAGGACAAGGAACUCAACACACGGUUGAGAACGUUUCCGGUGUGGGUAAGGGCAAAGAGGACUAUGCAGGAGGAGGAGGUGAUUACUGCUGCAUCUUACCUGGAGGGUAAGGCAGCCAAAUGGCUGGAUGGAUUAGUAGCAAAGGCCAGGUACGGACGACGCAUGGCGGACUGGGCUAAGACCCUAACGUUAGAAGAGUUUUUAGACAUGGUAGAAGCUCGCUGGCAUAAUCCACAGCAGGCACAAAUUGCCACUGAUGCGAUGCUCAGACUAGACCAACAAAAGUUCAAGUCAGUCAGAGAGCUAACAACUACCGUAGAGAGUCUCAUCGUCAUUCCCGGCAUACGCUACGAUGACCAGGUCUUAUUGACCAUGUUUGUGAGAUGUCUCCCAGAGAAUCUCCGAAAUUUGCUGGCCAGCGAGGCUCGGCUCGAGUAUCAUUCGUUUGAGACCUUAUCUAGAAAAGCCUUAGACUUAGAGGCUACUCUAGGAAGUGCUCAGCCUACUCCGGUAGACGCGAGGAAUAAGAAGGGUCCACAGGAAUGGAAGAAGAAGGGGAGUAAAUUGAUGAUGGUUGAGCCCGAUGGGACUCAAACUGAGAUCGAGGAACUCACAGACCUGUUGGACAAUUCAGAGUACGACGGCGAGGACAUCGUUGAGGGUAGCACCCUCACCGCAGUAGUAAAGACUAAGACCCUCAAAUGGAUCAAGACUCAACCGGCUCUUUCUGAUGCACUCAAGCGUUGGAUUGAGGUCAUAGAUAAGUAUGACUUCAAGCUAGAGUAUCUGAAGGGAGAGUACAACAAGGUUGCAGAUGCGCUGUCGCGUAGAGCAGACUACCUAGGGGCGCUAGUUUCUGAGUUUGGUGUAUCUGAGGAACUAACUCAAUCGUUGGUGGGAGCCUAUCAGGAAGACCCUGUCAUGAUGGACAUCAUACGCAAACUUCAGGCAAAAGACAAGGCCACAAAAUAUGAGUUUGUGAUGGUGGACAGGAUUCUCUUUCUUGAUAAGGCCGGAUUUAAAAGGCUAGUUGUUCCAUCUAGUGAACGUUUGCGUAGUUUAUUCUUAGGAGAAUGUCAUGACGCAACCGGACACUUUGGCUACAAAAAGACGAGUGCCAAUCUAGUACAGCGACUUUGGUGGCCCGGAAUGCUAGAAGAUGCAAAGAAGUAUGUUGAGACCUGUCAGGUUUGUCAGCGGGACAAGCCGCGAACUCAAGCACCGCUUGGGUUGCUGAAGCCCCUACCUAUCCCCGCUGGUCCAGGACAGAGUGUUUCCAUGGAUUUCAUGAACACCCUGGUGACCAGCAAGAAUGGCAAGAGGCACAUCUUUGUCAUCAUAGACCGAUUCACCAAGUACGCUAGACUAAUUGCCAUGCCAGAGACCGCAAGGACUGAACACGUCAUCAAGUUGUUUUUGGACAACUGGGUGCGAGAUUUUGGAUUACCAAAGUCAAUCGUUAGUGACAGAGGUGUCCAUUUCACAAGUGAGUUGUGGAAGAAGACUGCUGAACAGAUGGGCAGUCAACUUCAGAUGACUUCAGGGAAUCAUCCCGAAGCAAACGGACAGGCCGAGCAGAUGAACAGAGUUGUACAACACUUGCUGAGGCAUUACAUCAAGCCCAGUCAGGAUGACUGGGAUGAGAAAUUGCCUCUCCUCGCCAGCCUGUACAACAAUGCUGUACACAGCAGUACCGGCGUCAGUCCUAACCAGCUACACUUGGGAUGGAAGCCUAGAUCAGCACUGGACUUCCUCCUGCCUGAAAACCGAUCCUCUGCAACUCCAGGCACACUUGAGUACGGUGUGCAGUAUGAGAAGUUGCUACACCAAGCUGUCGAGAAAAUCAAGAAAUCUCUGCAAGCAAUGAUUGCUUCUUAGAACAAACAUCGUCGCCAGUC